UUUUUCCCACCCACUCUCGCUCAUAACCACCUCUUCCUUUUUCGUCUUUAUUUUUUCGUUAACGCCGUUUCUAAAUAUUCCUCGCGCAUUGUGGAAAGCGACCUGCAAACGGAAAACUGGCUGGCAAUUCCAUAGGUGCGGGCUUGAGCUGCAGGAGAUUUUUGGUUAGGAGAUGAUUGGCCGCAUUCUGCGUUUAAGCUCCACAGACUCGUUUCCCAGCUUUCUCCUUCGCAACGGCCAAUUCGCUUUUUUACCAACCGGGCCACUGACCCAGAAAAAAUUCUCUAAAAGCAGCCUUCCGUUUUAUAUCGCCUCUAUCUCCUUUGCCCUAUUCGCUUUUUCUGCUUCUCAGGUUCUAUUUCGUCUCCUUUAUAUUUUCAGAAAGCGCGAGCGCGUCCUUUAUUUUAUUUUCGCCCCCGCCUAUUUCCUACUUUUUCUUGAUACUUUCUGUCUCGCUUUGCUCUCACAUACGUUACAUACCAAAUAGAAACCUUCUCUUGUUCUUGAAGUAAGCCUCUGUCUUUCUCCGUCCCCCGUUUUCUCUCUCUUUUGUCGUAUGGAGCACCCGGUUCAGUUUAGUAAUGUUCAGCAGAACGCGAG